AUGAAGGAUACCAAAUGGUCAAAAGGAGAUCUAGAACAUUUCCUACCAAAAAAGAAGCCUCCCAUCGACAACCGUAAAGGAAAAGGGCCCGCUAUAAAGAUAUCCCAAGUCUACAAACCAGUGAUCCGCGUGGAGCCAAAGAAAAAAGUUACAACUAACAUGUUUGACACUCUUUCUCAUCAAAGAGUGGAUGAUACCGAUGACGUCUCUCGUAUCCCUACUUUGAUUCAUUCCAGAGAUCCCCUCCCAGCUUCUGACGCACAGCGGAGCUCUUCUCAUGGUGGUCGUAUCUCUUCUCGAUUGAUCAGGGAUGACGAUUUUAGGUCUUUAGGUAGUUAG